CCAUCGGUUUCCCCUGCGCCUGAGCUUUGGAUGAAUUCCACCAGACGGGUCGCCGGAAGCUGAUCUUCUCCUUCCGGGUCGGGGCCAUGGCGGUGGCAAAUUCAAGUCCAGUCAAUCCGGUGGUCUUCUUUGAUGUCAGCAUUGGCGGCCAGGAAGUUGGUCGCAUGAAGAUCGAGCUGUUUGCAGACGUGGUGCCUAAGACGGCAGAGAACUUUAGGCAAUUCUGCACUGGAGAGUUCAGGAAAGAUGGUGUUCCAAUCGGAUACAAAGGAAGCACCUUCCAUAGGGUCAUAAAGGAUUUCAUGAUUCAGGGUGGAGAUUUUGUUAAUGGAGAUGGUACUGGAGUCGCUAGCAUUUACCGCGGUCCAUUUGCAGAUGAAAAUUUUAAACUUAGACACUCGGCUCCAGGCCUACUUUCCAUGGCAAACAGUGGUCCCAGUACAAACGGCUGCCAGUUCUUUAUCACAUGUUCUAAGUGUGAUUGGCUGGAUGGGAAGCACGUAGUGUUUGGAAAAAUCAUUGAUGGACUUCUGGUGAUGAGAAAAAUCGAGAAUGUUCCCACGGGCCCUAACAAUAAGCCCAAAUUGCCAGUGGUAAUCUCCCAGUGUGGGGAAAUGUAAUCUAGACCAAGACUGAACCAGGCCAGAAGAGAGUACCAGAUCUCAUUACAGAUGGUUGGGAGCCGCCAUGUGGCUGCUGGGACUUGAACUCAGGACCUCUGGAAGAGUAGCCAGUAUCCUUAACCUCUGAGCCAUCUCUUCAGCCCUCUUUUAUUUUGUUUUGUUUGUUUUUGUUUUCGAUAUAGGGUUUCUCUGUAUAGCUUUGGAGCCUGUCCUGGAACUUAACUAUAGACCAGGCUGAUCUUGAACUCAGAGAUCUACUUGCCUCUGCCUCCUGAGUUCAGGGAUUAAAAUAAAGGUGUAAAUUACCACCGUGUGACUUUUAUUUAAUUUAUUUUUUGGUGGGGGUGACAAGGUUCCUCUGUAACAGCCUUGACUGCCCUGGAACUAGCUCUUGUAGACCAUGCUGUCCUCGAACUUACAGAGAUCCUCCUGCCUCUGCCUCCUUCAUCUAAUCCUACCGGCAUGUGCCACCACAAGUGGCUUGUUUUAUUUUUGAGACAGGGUCUUAUUAUCUCACCUUGCCUGGCCUGUCUGCAAUCACAGAAAUGCCCUGUCCCUGCCUCCUGAGUGCUGGGAUGAAAGACAUGCUCCACCAUGGCAGGCAGUCUCUUGUUUUUUAAGUAGAGAUCAGUUAGAUACCAAACAACUUCAGUGACUGUAUCCACAUCAUCUGCGACGUGCUUGUGCUCAGAGCAUCUGGAACUUACAGACUUUCAGUAACACUCCACGAGGCAGUGAAGGAAGACCAAGCACUUUAGGGAGGGCUAGAGUGAGCAGUGCUGGGCCAGAAUGCACAGGUACUCACUGGAAGCUACAGGUGGGCCUUUUUGCCUGGACAGAUGCUUCCCUUUUGGGCUGAGUGAACACCGUGAACCUUUCUCUCCCACUUCAGGAGCUACUGCCUACCUCUCCUGGCUUUUCUCAUUUCUUUGAUGUCUAUUGCUAAUGAUGAGAUUUCUGACCAUUGCUAGAUGAUAGAAGAUUACAAAAAAAAAGACUGAAAACAUUAAGAAAUAUCAUAAAGCCUACCUAAAACUCUAGCUCUAAAACUGCCUGCUUUCACCCUGUGAGGGUUAUGCUUUACAGUGGUCUCUGGCCAGUGCCACUCUCAUGACAUGAGGGUGCCCCAUUUUGCUUUAUAGUAAACUCUCUUCCAUACACAGACAAAAGAUGAAAUUUAAAAGAUUGUUCAGGUUGGGUGGUGGCGGUGCAUGCUUUUAAUCUCAACACUCUGCCUGGGGGCGGGGGUUAUUCAGGAAUAUUUAUUUAUUUAUUUAUUUAUUUAUUUAUUUAUUUAUUUGGAAAGGGGUUUCAAGACAGGGUUUCUCUGUGUUGCCUAGGCUUUUCUGGAAAUCACUCUGUAGACCACCCGGCUCAGGAAUUGAUUCUCUUACGGGCACUGGGAUUGUAGUUUAGUGACAGGGUCCUUGCUUGACAACAAGAUUCACUGCCCGAGCUGGGUGGUGGUGGUGCACGCCUUUAAUCCCAGCACUCUGGCGGCAGAGGCAGGCGAAUCUCUGAGUUCGAGACCAGCCUGGUCUACAGACCUAGUUCCAGGACAGGCUCCAAAGCCACAGAGAAACCCUGUCUCGAAAAAAAAAAAAAGAACUCUGACUGUUCUUCCAUACAACCCGGGUUCAGUUCCCACCUGGCAGCUCACAGUUGUCUGAAAAUCCAGUUCCAGGGGAUCUGACACCUUCGCAACAAUUCACAUAAAAUAAAGUUAAAUAAAUCAUAAAAAAUUAUUCCUAAAAAAAAAGAUUCACUGCCCAAUACAAAAAACAAGACAAAAAGCAACCUUCUUUACAUUGGAGUCUCUUUUCUGAGCAGUUCUUUACAGAACUGGAAAGCCCUUUUGGGGGCUUUCAGAAUCAUUAGCCGGCCUUCCCACUAUUAGCAAAAGUCAUUUAGCUCUUUGUCAAAAUCCCUGUUGUGGCCCAAGUGAAACAAAUUCCUCAGUGGUCAUUCACAUUCCAGAGCCCUCCAGACCGGGACUGUCCAUUGGACAGCCCUGUCUGCAGUGGUGAUGGAAAUGCCUGUGUCUGCCCAGGUAGAUGGCAGAGCUACUUUGGCCCUGUGUGGUUAAGAAGCUUGUGAAACUUGGCUGGGGAGGCUGAGGGGAUGGGCUUUUCGUUUCUUUGGUUUUUUGUUUUGGUUGAGCUUUUGUUUUUGUUUUUGAGGCAGGGUUUCUCUGUAGUGUUGAAACCUGUCCUGGAACUUUGAAACCUGUUCUGUAGACAUGGCUGACCUCGAACUCACAGAGAUCUUCCUGCCUCUGCCUCCCGAGUGUUGGGAUUAAAAGGUGUGCGCCUCUACCACCACUGGGCUUCUUUGGUUGUUGUUGUUAUUGUUUUGAUUUUUUUUUUUUACUUACAAGGAAGGGAGGAGUUUGAAACAGGGUCUUCAAUUUUAGCCCUAGCAGACCAAGUAUUCACUUGUAACCCAGUAACUGAAACUGUAGCAGGCCUCCUGCCUCUGCCUCCCAAGUGCAGGAAUUAUAAGCAUGCAUCACUGUGCCCAGCUAUGUUUCAUUAUUUUUGAGACAAGGUCUCAGAUAAUCCAGGCUGGCCUCAAACUUGCUGUGUAGCUGAGGAUGACCUUGGAUUUGUGAUCCUUCUGCCCCCAUCCUCUGGAUUCUGGGAUGGGGGGGGGGUAUUUGGUCAGUGGUACUAGAGAUUGACCCCAGAGUUUCCUAUGUAAUAGGCAAGUGUUUCACCAACUGAACUAAAUACUCAGCCUUUCCCUGAAUUUUUAACUUCAUUUAAAUUUUUGUUUUUUUUUUUUUGAGACAAGGUUUCUCUUUGUAGCCUUGGCUGUACUGGAACUUGCUCUAUAGACCAGGAUGGCCUCGAACUCACAGAGAUUCACCUGCCUCUCCCUCCCAGACACGCACCACCACCUCCCAGCUACUUUAUUUUAAUUAAAUCUGAAGGAUUCCAUGUGGCUGUAAUGGCUGCUCUUUUAAGGUGUCAGGGAAUCUAGAGAACAGUCUGCUGUAAAGAGGGUUGGUGGGUAGCUGUCCACUUUGGAUUUGUUCAUAGUGAGACUUGACACAGGUUAAGGAGAAUAAUGAGCUAGCAGCCCUCCAUUUUCCUUUUAGAUGGAAACUUAUAGGCUUCCCUAAAUGUCCCCGAAGUGGUUUUUGUGUGUGUGUGUAUGUUUUAAUAUUUUAUGUGUGUGUUUUUUCCCUGAGUAUCUUGUGUACUAUGUGCAUGCUUGGUGCCCAAGGAGGUUGGAAGAGGACAUCAGAGCCCCUGGAACUAGAGAUGGCUGUGAGCUGCCAUGUGGGUGCUGGGAAUUGAACCAGGUCUUCUGGAAGAACAGCCAGUGAGUGUUCUUAACCACUGAGCCAUCUUUUCUGUGCACCCCCACACACAAGUGUUUUUUUUAUUAUACCAAGUGUUUUAGGUGGAAUAAUAGUAAAGAGCCACAUAGACGAUUUUAAGACCUAUUGGGCAAUUGUUGUCUGGUUGGAUUUGGGGGGGGGGGCUGAUUUGUCUCAGCUUUGUGAGUGUCCAAAUUACAGGCAUGGGUCACCAUGCCAGGCAUUAUUUCUCGUACUUUAAUGUACUUAAUUAAUGUACUCCCAGAUCCUCAUCUUCUUUUUCCCAAACACUAGACCUUCGGGUCCCCAGGAGCACAUGAAGACAUAGAACACAAGCGCGCAGUAGCGAAUGUGUGAGCAGGCACACCUUUAAGAUCCUUCCCCUCUCCCUGCGCUGUAGUGUGUAUUAACUUGUGUUCACUUAUUGUGUGUGUGGGCAUGCAUGCUAUGGCGCUCAAGAGGAGUUUACCAAAGAGCUAGUUCUGAUGAAUUGUCACAGGUAAUAGUGAGUGGAGAAGCUCAGCAUGGGAUUGACAGGGUUUGUCCAAGGAGAAAGCCAGCUCAGGAGAAGAUGACCUCCUGAUGCUCCAGCCAGAGUCAUGCCAGCAAGGUGUGCCCCCAUGUAUUUGUCUGCCUGUUGGGUGUGUGGCACUGUUCUCUGCCACGAGAGAGGUAGAAUGUCUGGCUCUACUCCAGUCCAAAGGCCAGGCCCCUACAUUGUCUUUACAGUCACGGUGAGGCUCUUCUAUGCACUACCAUUCAGCCUUAGGAAAAAGAAAGGAGCAUCCGUGUACUGGCAAGAUUUCAGAGUAAAUGAAGUGACUACGGAGAUCAUUGUACUGCACAGACGUGGCACACUGUUGACUGUUCCAGAACUUUUGGGGCUAAAUAGCACAUUGCUAAUAGUAGAUACUUCCACUAAGUUGAGGCAGCAAAGACUUUCUUUUCAGGUUAUUUUGUUCCAUUAAUUCUACACUGAACUUAAAUCUUCUGAUAGAAAGACACAUUGUAUGUAUGUGUGUAUAUAUCCCAAGUCUUUCUCUUCUCUUCCUGAAGCAUGCCUAUGGCUAACAUGAGUUUAGAAAUCCUGCCUGUGUCCUUCCAGCUCUUCUGGGUUCAGCCCAGUCCGUGGUUCCCACCAGGUACCAUCACAACACUUAGCACAGUGAGUGUAUCGCAGUGUGUAUAUUAGGCUAGCUUUGUCUUGACUGGGGACACCUUGAAGCAAGGGCCAUAUUGAGAACACAGUGCAUGGUGUCAUAGACCUUCGCCUCCAGUACACUGAGCUGUUUCUAAUGCACUUAUGCAUUCUUACACACUGAGGACCCGGGGUAACUUGCGGGCCUCCACUGUGAUACCAAAACUCACUGUUCCUAAGAAGAGGGUGUAUCCACAUAAGGGGGCUGAUGAGAGAAAGGCAGUGGUACACACACCUUUCUCUUUUAGUACAGCUAACCUGGAAGUCCGUGUGCAGCAAGCUCUCAAAGCCUGAUGAGGACACACACAAGCCUUGAGCCAAACAGCCCCAACAUUGUUCAUUCUGUGGCCUUAGUCAAGUCAUUAAGCCUCCUGGAACUCAUUUGUCCCUUUGCAUGGAGAUAGUAUAUAUAAGCCAGGAGCUAGUACAGCAGGUGACAACACUUGUUGCUAAAUCCAACACCUGAGCUGAAUCCCCGGCACCUAUGUGGUUGAGAGAGCCAACUCACGCAAGAUGUUCUCUGAGCGCCAUAGCAUUGCCCACACAUACAAUAAGUGAACACAAGUUAGUUAAUACACACUACAGACCAGGGAGAGGUGAAGGAUCUUAGAGGUGUGUCUGCUCACACAUUCGCUACUGCGCUUAUGUUCUACAUGUCCUCAUGUGCUCCUGGGGAUCCAAAGGUUUGGGAAAAAGGAUACGGGCGCAUCUGUUUCAUAGAGGUGCCCUUCCUGUUCCUUUGAGCUGUUUUCCCUAUCUUCUCACUGACCUGUCCCUG